GCUGGCACAGUUCAAACAUUGUUGUUGUUGUGGCGUGACCCGUCAGGAGGGUAUUUUCUGUUUUCCCUCCCCGCACGGCGAUGUGAGGAGGAGGAAAGCCUGCCUCAAGUAGUACUGAGGUCAAACAGCAGUAGUAGGAGUAGCAGCAGCAGGAUGUCGGGGCUCAGCGUGGAACCCAUUAUCAAGCGCAUCCGCCAGCUGCACACCCUGGUGAGCAGCGGGGGCUUGGAGGCAGGGCAGCACGGGGCACUGGUGGGGCAGGAGGGGCUGCUGGAUGCCCUGCUGGUACUGUAUGAAGAAUGCAACAAAGAUUACCUGAAGAGGGAGGAGAACAUUACUACCUUUAUUAACAAAUACCGAAGUGCCAUCCAUGAGGUGCGUACCCUGAGGGUGAACCUGAAUGACUUUGAGCAGAAGAAGGUGAUCGGCAAGGGCCAGUUUGGCGUGGUGCAAGUGGUGCGGGAGAAGGCCACCGGGAAUGUCUAUGCCCUCAAGACACUCCGCAAGUCUGACACACUGUCCCAGAAACAUGUCACAUUUUAUGAGGAAGAGAGGGACAUCCUGGCCAAGGCCACAUCCCCCUGGAUGACCCACCUGCAGUAUGCCUUCCAGGAUGCCCAGCAGCUGUACUUGGUGAUGGACUUUCACCCUGGUGGGGACCUGCUGUCUCUGCUGGAUCGUUACGAUGGAAUCUUCACAGAGGAGAUGACCUGCUUCUACCUGGCAGAGAUCAUACUGGCCCUCCAUGACAUGCACUCCAUGGGAUACGUCCACAGGGAUGUCAAGCCUGACAACAUUCUCGUUGACCGCUGCGGCCACAUCAAGCUGGCAGACUUUGGCUCAGCGGCCAGACUCACCUCCAGUGGCGUGGUGAGGAGCAAGAUGCCAGUAGGGACCCCUGACUACAUCGCUCCAGAGGUCCUGCAGUCAGUCAAUGAGAAGGACACCUCUGUACCAUACGGUACUGAGUGUGACAUGUGGUCUCUUGGCAUCAUGAUGUAUGAAAUGCUGUAUGGCUUCACACCCUUCAAGGGGGACCAGGUCGUCACCACCUACAGCAACAUUAUGAAUUACAAGAAAACCCUCAAGUUUGAUGACAAGGAGAAGAUGGUAAGUGAGACUGCCAAGGCCCUGAUGCGAGGGCUGUUGGAGGAAUCCACACACCGCCUUACUCACUCUGGUCUCCUGCAGCACAAGUUCUUCCUCCACAUCAACUGGAACGACCUCAGGAACACUGUACCUCCAUUUGUGCCUGUUGUGAAUGGCCUUGAUGACACCAGCAACUUUGAAGAGUUUGAGAAUGAGCGGCGAAUGCCUUCGGUGGAUGCCUUCUGUGUGCCCCAGAGCUUCAGCGGGAAGAACCUGCCCUUUGUUGGCUUUACAUACAACAGGCAGAAACCUGAGGCUGAGAGAACAGUGCACAGAAGCAGCACGACUGCCAUCAACAUCUCCAUACUGGAUGAGUCCCUCAGAGAACCGUCUCAGCUGGAGACACAGCUCAAGAUCCAGAAGAAAGAAAACCAUGAGCUCAAGCUGAAACUUCAGGCCAUCAGUGAUGGGGAGGGGGGGCGCCACCUCAAGCUAAAGGAGAGCCGGCUAAAGGAAGCUGAGAUGCGGCUGGACUACCUUGAAAAGGAGCGACAGCGUCUCGAGGAGGAGAACAUCAAGAAGGAACGGGAAACUGCUAACUACAAGAGAGACCUGGCCACUGAACGAGCAGACCGCGCCAAGACGGAGAGGGAGGUGAUAGAGUUAAUUAAGGACAUGAAGAAGAAGUGGAAGGAUGAGGCAGCAAAGAAAAUAGAGGAUUAUGACAAUAAAUUGAAUGCAUGUGAAGGUGAGAUAGCCUUCCUGAAGUCCCAGCACCAGGAGGUUGGUAAUGCCCUGCUGGAGAGAGAGAAAGACUUCCAGGCACUCAUGCUCAAGAAUAAAGAACUCAAGAAGACCAUUAUAGCUUUGGAGAAAGCCAAACUUCUGCAUCAGAAGAAGCCUGAUCAGUGCAGUGGAGGUUGUGAUGCAGCCAGGGCACUGGAGGCACAACUGAAGGAGUGCUCAUCAAGGCUUGAGAAGGAAAAGGUGAAGAGCCAGGAGGCAGAGAACAGGGCAGAGGAGGCUGUGAGGGAGGCCAGCAGUCUGGAGAAGACCCUCCUGGAGAAGACUCAGGAGGAGGGAGAGAAGGCAGCUAUGGAGGACCACAUUCAGGAGCUGUCCUUCAAGAUAACCAAGUUGGAAGAAGAGUUACAAACUUCUACAAAGAAAUUCCAAGACUUAAAGGAUCAAGAGCAUCAAGAGAAGAAGAAGCGCAUCAACCACCUCGAGGGCCAGCUGACCAGAGAGAAGGAGGAGUGCUCUCGUCUGAGACAACAACUCCAGAAUGUGUCGUGCCAGCUGAAUGAGUCCAUAGCCAGUCUGUCCAGCCUUGGCUCCACCCGCAGCCUGAAGGAGGAGGAGCAGGAGGCAAAAAUACGUGAGCUGGAGAAGGAGCUGAAGACCAUCACUGGCGACAAAGUGAACCUCCAGUCGCAACUCAUGCUCGUCAAGGCCAAGGAAGGGGAACACACGGCCAAGAUAUCCGAGUUGGAGCAGCUCCUCACCAAGUUGGGCGAGACUGUCACACUUCUGGAGGGCAAGAAGCACUCCUCAGAGUCCUGUGAGGAGACCUUCAAGGCUAAGCUGGAGUGCCUGGAGACCCAGCUUGAUAGUGCCCGCUCAGCCCUCACCCAAGAAAAGGAAAGAAGGGAAAAACUGGCAGAUGAUCUGAAAAAGGCAAAACAGGAGUUGUCAGACAGCAAGCUUGACCUGCGGGUUGCUGAGCGUGAGGCCAAGGCCACCCAGGACACAAUAGCAUUCCUGCGGGAGAAGAGUAGAGAACAACGAACUCAGCUUGGAGAGAAAGAGGGUGCCAUACAAAAUGCUGCUGAGGUUGAAGCCAAUCUCUUAAAGACCAUUGAAAAAUUGGAGGCUGAGAUUAAGUCAAGAGAGACUGACAUGGACAAGCAGCAACUGGAGCACAAGCUUGAACUUUCCAAGCUUGAGGAAAAAAUCGGGAGACUGGAGGAAGCCAAGAAGAGUGGGGAGCAGCAGCAACGCAAGCUGCAGGAGACUUUCCAGCAGAUGGAUAAUCUUAAGCUUGAAAAGCGAGGUCUAGAGUCCCAGAUAAAGCAAGAAGAGACAGCCAAGAGCAGAGUGGAGCAAGAAAAGUCAUCCCUAAGGCAAGAAAUCUGUGAACUGCAGAAGAAGCUUCAGCAGUCUGAACUGAUGAUCUCUCAGCUGAAGCAGGUGUGCUCAGACCAAGAUGAAGAGCUGUCCCAGAUGGAGGCUCAGGCUGAUACCAUCAGGCAGCUCUCACAGGAAGAAGCCAGACUGAACAAGGAGGUAGAGAAGCUUCAGGCUGAUGUCCGAGCAGCCAAGGCGUCUGCUAACGAAGAAAAAUCCCUCAAACUAUUCCAAGAAAGGAAAGUGAAGGAAUUAGAAAGGCAGUUGAGGGAAGCUGACGCUGAGACGGACCAGCAAGUUGUUCGGCUGAGUGAACAGCUGAAGGAGGAAGAGGAAUCCAAGCAGGAGCUACAGCAUCAGAAUGAGACACUGGACCAGGAGCUGAGUGAGGCAAUGGUGCUGCUUAAGAACUUGGAACGCCGGCUCCAGGAGGUGCAGGGCCAACGGGACCUCACCCAGCAAGAGUGUGCUGGCCACAUUGAGCACAUCCAUACUCUCAAGGAGUCUAAUUUCAAGCUCACUGAGGGACUGGAGGAGGCCAUCUCCAAGGCUGAGCUGUACAAGGGCAGGAUUGAGGAGGUGGAGAGGACUCUGGUAGACCAUCGUGCCCUACAGGAGGACACCAGAGUGAGAAUGCAAGGAACCAUUGACCAACAAACCAAGCUGAUUGACUUCCUGCAGUCAAAAAUGGACAGCAAGAAAAAGAAGAAUCUCAAGGACAAGUGGUUUGGAAAGGAGAAUAAGGAGAACUUUGGCUUCUCAAUGCCUCAUCAGUACCGGGAGUUGGAAGAGUUGCUUGCCCGGGAACGUGCCACUAACAGACGCCUGGAAAAGGAGCUAGCCAAAGCUCGGGCUGGCCACAAGGGUGGUGUGAUGGAUGGCAAAGGCACUCCUCGGGGCGCCUGCACCCCACAGCUGCCCAGCACUCCCAUGCCUCCUCCGUCACCCUGGACACCACGCACACCCCAGACUAAGAGGCCACCACCGGUUGGAGGAGAAGUGUCCACGCCCCGCCACAGUACCUCGAGGCAACGCAUGAGGCACAGCAUCCCUCACAGGUGGCAGUUGGGUCUGCAGAUGCACGGAGCCCGCUGUGCUGGGUGUCUAGGCAGCAUCCCCUUCGCCCGCAGUGCUGCUAAGUGUCAGGAGUGUGGCACGACAGCACACAUUAAGUGUUCUCAGGAGUUGCCGUCUACCUGUGGGCUGCCCAUGCAGUUUGCUGAACACCUCUCCAAGGGGAGGCCCACCCACUCCCCUGAGAAGAGGCCGAGCUCAUGGGCCGAGUCUCCAAAUGUGCUGCAGGGCUGGCUCAAGAUGCCCAGGUCAGACAAGUCUUGCUGGGAGAGCUGCUACAUUUGCCUAGAGAAAGAGACGGUGUUGGUUUAUGACAAAGAGCCGUCCAGCAACACACAGGCCCGGGCCCGGGUCUGCCUCACUCGGCCAGGCUGCACCACGACCGUCAUGUCCACUGUGCCACGUUCAGAGCUCCCCAACACCAGCAGCGUUGACCUCCCAUACAUCCUGAAGGUUGAAAUACGUGCCAAGACAGCAGCAGGACCCUCAGACACCCUGUACCUCAUGACCACCAACUUUGAGGAGAAGCAGACAUGGGUGACUGCCUUGGAGAGUGUGGUGGCUCAGCUUUCCAAGGAGGACGGCAAUGGGUGUGCGGACGAGGAGUACAUCCAGGUCGACUGUUUGCUGGCCCUGGACCAGCCAAGUCCCCUGGAUGUGAACACCAUGGUCUACCUUGGCCAGGCAACAGUCGUCAUUGGUGCAGCAGAGGGUCUCUAUUCCUUCCUAGUAGAUGAUGAUGGCAAGCUGAAGUCUCGGUCACGGAUUGAGGGCCUCACUAACGUCCACCAGAUUGUUUUGGUGAAGUCUGCUGGUGUUGCUCUGCUCAUUGCUGGGAAGGACAAUUUGGUGUACAUGAUUGACACCAGCACACUGACCCUGGCAGCAGAGGCCAUGCAGCUGACCAAGCCAUCCAUCAGCCCAAUGCGUGUUGAGCCCCUGCAGGGCUGCCACCUCUUGGCAGCAGGCACCACCAAGGCUGGGCAGACCUUUAUGUGUGCUGCAUCCUCUGAUCGCAUUUGUAUAUUGUUAUGGAAGGAGCUGGAGGACAAGUUCAGCCUGUGUAACCAGUACAGCACUCAGGAGCCCUGCAGCUGCCUCUAUUUUACUCAGGCAUCCCUCAUCGUUGGGGCCGAGAAGUUUUAUGAAAUCGACCUGAAGACUUUUGAGAUUGAAGAGUUCCUGGAUGAGUCUGAUGCAUCCCUGGCUUAUGCCAUCUAUGGGUCAGCCCAGAUGUCCUCCUUCCCUGUGGCCAUCAUCCAAGUCUCCAAGCCGGGCAAGCAUGAGGAGUACCUGCUGUGCUUCCAUGAGUUUGCUGUGUUUGUUGACCCCUACGGCCAGCGGUCUCGUGAGCACGACAUCAAGUUCACCAGACUCCCCAUAGCUAUUGAGUACCGGAGUCCAUUCCUGUACAUCAUACACCAAAACGCCAUAGAGGUUGUGGAGAUCUGUGCUGACAGCUUUACCAAAUCCUCACCUGACAGUGAAUCAGACACAGAUGCCAGUCCUCCUGUGAGGAUGGCCUCCAGAAGCAUGCCAAGACCUCUCUUCAUAGGUUCAGCAUUAACACCAGAGGGCAUCAUGGUGGCCUGCAGGAGUACAGAGAAGCUGGAGGUGACACAAGUGGAGACCAGGUUCCCAGAGGACAUGGAGCUCAACUCUACCUGGGGAACUCUGCCUUCAUACUCCCUAAAGCUCGAUGAUAGGGACUCCGCCUCCAUUGCCAGCAGCAGCAGCAUUGACACCCCAGAGAGAGAUAUGGGCCUUCCCAACAAGCGGGUCCAAUUCAAGCACAACUCAAGGACCUCCACAAUGAUUUCAAAAUCAGAAAUGUGAAUGUUGUGCCGCAAGUUUUCUUCAUAAUCUACUCGACCAUUUUCAUUGUUGUGCUGUAUUCAAAGUUGGAAGUAUGAAUGUAUAUACUCUAUGUCUGCUGCAUUAUUAUCUCCAUUCUCUGUUGUUCUACAUUCAGUCAGAAGCAAGAAUGUCACAUUGCAACUCUUCUAUGUAGUCUUCUCCACCAUUUUCUCUGUUGAGCUGUAUUAAGGAGAGACAAAAAAUGGGAAUGGGAAUGUCAUACUUCAUACUUCUGUAAUUUUAAAAGCCUUGUUUCCUCACUGGAACUUCCCCAAGGAAUUAGUUGGCCAUGGCAGAAGUGCCUCUAACUAUCUCUGUUCCAGCACUCCCUCUCCCAUACCUACCAACUCUCCAAUGUUCGUCCACUUUAAUGAUCCAUUUCCCCUUUACACUCUCUUCACAGUCAUUGUCACUCAUUCUCAUCACAUGUCCAAACCAUCUCAGAGCACCACACAUUACCCAUUCAAUCAUUACACAAUCCAGUCUUUGCUGUUACACUCAUAUAUACUUUCAUUACUUUCUUCAUUCCAUCCUGACACACCACAUGCACCUCUUAUAUAGCUAAUUUCCAUUGCAUGUAUUUGUGAUUGCUGUUCUACAUUCCACAUCCAUGUCUGGUGCAUAUGACACUUGAGAGGAUAAUAUUUCUUAUAACCUUUACCCUCAUGUUCACACUUCUUCCAUUCACAUCACUCCAAGGCACCAUUUACCUGCUUGUCCUUCACUGCUCUCUUCCUUAUUUCUCCCUCCAUUCUCUGCUGCUGCAAGCUUUCUUCUGAAUUUCUACUGUUUCCUUUGUUAUGCUGUAUUAUUUUUUGUCUUAAUCAUACAGAGGCACCUAGAAUAAGAGGUAGUCCUGUCUCCAUAGCCCUUAAAAGUCUCCUUUGAGCUCCUCAUUGUCACACUACAAGUCUUCAUAACCUUCUCUACCACUUUCUUUGUAAUGCUGUAUUAUUUUUUGUCUUGACCAAAGAGGCAUAUGGGAAAUAAAUUCUGCCCUCAUAGCCACUCACGUCUUAUCUCUGAGGCCUUAACUGAAUUAAUUGUAUGGUCAUGUUUUCACUCUUUAUUUGACAAACUAUAUACUGGUUCUGCACAUAUUUUAAUACAUUACUUAUGUCACCACUGAAUCUGAAUUGAUUUUCUUCUAUUUUUUACUAUCUUAUUGAAUCAUGUAUACAUUUAUUUGGUUUUAUUUUAAGCUCUUGAUACGGUUUACUGCUUUAGUUUUAAAAGGGCUGUACUAUUUACUCAUUCAUUUUAGGCACAUUUUGAGAAGUUAUUCUCAAGAUGAGAAGAUUAUUUUGCACAGUGGUUAGCACGCCUAGCAACCAACCUGUGGGCCUGGGUUCAAAUCCCGGUCUGGGCAGCUGGUGCACAGCCUACUCUGCUGUUCAUCCUGUUCAUCCUCCCUUUUGGGCUGGCCAAUAAAUGAGUACCUGGGGAAACCUUGGGAAGGUAAAACUGUGGUAAACUGGAUGUCAUACUGACCUUGUGUCCCAGGGUUCAAGUUCAAGGACUAAUGUGACAGAUGAAUACUAAGAGCAUGCACAACUAUAACAUAUGCCCCCAACAUUACCUUACCUUGCCUUUGAAAAAUUAUUGAAGAUUCUGUCCAAUUCUCCAGUGUUCUUGAUAUGAAUAAGUAUCCUGAUGGUAAUAAUGUGAUCUCUGAAGACUCAUGAUGCACUCAACUGUAUUGUGCCUGACUAAUGCCAUUCAUCUAAAGAUAGUUGUAAAAACACCGGCACUAUUGCAUUUUGCAAGAUGGCUCUUCGUGUAAUGCUGUCAUUGUAAGGUUACAGACCAUGGGCUGUAGCAUAAGGUAUGUUUACUAAUUUGUGUGCACUAUUCCUAUUGGUACUCAUUUCAAGGAAGUGAGAAGUGAGCUGAAAUGCCAUCAAAUAUUUUAUUGUUACAUUAUCAAACAUCAUUUAGAUAAUAUGUUUUUCUAGUUCAGCUCUAUUGUCUUUUUUUUAUGUGAGUACUAAUUGGAAUGAUGUGUACAAAUUAGCAAACAUCACUAUGAUAGAGACAUUAUCUUGACUCUUGCUGUCCUGCUUUAUAGUUUGGUGCUUGGAGAGACAUGGCGCGUACUUUUCCAGCGGUGUGAGAUGUAAGGACAGUUACUGCCUAAAACCAAAUGUGCAUACAUUCUCUGGCUAUCACCAUAGUGGUUUUAAUAUGUAUCUUGUAUAUAUAUUGUUUAUGUAAUAAUAUGUAUUUUUAAAAAGUAUCUAAAUAAAUAUGCCAUAUAUC